AUGGGUCAGGACGACCACACAUGCUAUGCGACGAUUUUCGACGCCGACGUGGCGGUUAUCCCACUGAUAUCGAGGACCUCGAUCCGGCACGCCGACCCGCAGACAGUGAAGGAGUGGCACCGCGACGAGGCGAUCCGCGUGCUGAAGUUUUUCCGGACCGCUGUUCUGGCCGAGCUGCGGCGCGAGGGUAGGAAAUGGGAGUGGGCGAAGCCGUCCGAAGACGAGGUGCAGGAGAGGCUCGCCGACUGCGACGAACCCCUUCGAGAUAAAAUUCCCGAUACCGUCCGGGACUCGGACGCGGGCUCCGGCCUGCUAGCAAUGAGCGCGUUGAUCUGGGUUGUGAGGCGGUUCCAGCGCCUGACCGGCGACCUCCGUCGCAUUGCCACCAGCAUGGACAAGCCCACCGUCUUGGGGUUGAAGGCGCUGCGGAACGAGAUGGUAGCCCUCAUCAAGAAGCAAGUCCCGCUCAUACGGUCGGGGAAAACCGCUGUUGUUGCCGACGCCUGUGACGACGACGGCGAGGAAGUCCAUUCUGCAUCCGUACCAGUAGGGGUCGCCCCGAACGUCGCUGAUGCGCGUGGCAAGUCGGGAGUCGGCGUCGACGAGGCCGAUGCGGCCGCAGGAAAGGGGGUGACCGGGACCGAGGUUGUUCACGGGGAUGAUGAUGGGGUCCAGGAUCGCGAGGAGGAACGUGAGGUCGAAUCGGAGGAGGAGCAGGAGCAGGAGACGCAGGAGCACGAGAGGCAGCACCAGGAGGAGCAGUUGGUAGAGGUGGAGGACGUGGAAAUGGCGGAGGGGUACGUUGUCGGAGGAGCGGAGGGGUACGUUGUCGGAGGAGCGGAGGAAACGGGUGGGAGAUCGGCGGAUGUCGAGAACGACGAAGGGGAGGGGAAGGGUGCGACAGCGAAUAUCGGCGAGGUCGGCGUGGAGGCGGCUCACGGAGGUGGUGGCAUGGUCGAGGUCGGUGAAGGGGAUAACGCCGCGGUCCCGGAGCAGAGGGGCGUGGAUGUGCAUACCGAUGCCACCGCGGAGAAGGCCGGCGGGGAGCGGUCUAGGAGGAAGAAGGCGGCGAGCGGUCAUCCCGGUUCCACCGCGGCUGGGCGGCAGGCGCGGCUGGACGUCGUCGAUCAGCUGAGGGCGGAGAACAGGCGAUUGCGUGCAGACAAUGCACUCCUUGAACGGCGGCUCGGUGAGCAGACGGGGCGGGUCGACAGCUUGGCGGCGGCAUUAGCUGGGCUCCUCGAGAAGGUGAAGGGUUUGACCGCCCAGGUCGCCGACACCGACCGGAAAACGGAGGAGCGCCUCAAAGAGGCCACGUCGACCAUGGCGACCACAAUCACCGAGGGCCUCACCGACAACAUGGACAGCGCCAUUCAAUCGGCCAAGUCCUUCGCCGAGCUAGCGAGGCAGACGCUGCUGGAUCUUGACGACCCCAAGGGACGAGCGGCGGUCGCACGCGCGACCGCGGUGAAGACAGUGACCGAGCACGUGACGGCGGAGGUGGGCGAGGCGAGGAAGGGGUUGGAGGAGUCGUUCAUCAAAUACAUCGGCGCCGCGCAGACCAACAUUGCCGCCGCCGUCGCGCCCCGCCUAGUCCAGCCGCCGCCGCCUACCGGCCCAGCGCAGGCCUUGCCGGAAGAUUUCCUGAAGUCUUUCAAGGAGGACGUGCUGAAGGCGGUGACGGAGACCACGCAGCAGUCCUUCCUCGCCUCCGGACUGAAGAUAAUGGCCGAGGUCGUCGGCACGGUGGCGUAUGCUCGGCGUGGGUCGUCGCCGUCGGCAAACGACGCCGGCCAAGCGCAACCUACGGAGGGCUUGAAGCUGGGUCACAAGAGGCGGGGAGGCGGCGGGGGGGGCGACGGGGACAAUUCGGCGAACACGAAGCGGAGCAAGGGAGGCGGGGGGUCUGGCGGCGGGGGGGGGGGACGGAGACGAUUCGGCGGGCGCGAGGCGGACCAAGGGAGCGGCUGCACGGGCCAUGGUGGUGGGGGUCCCGCCGACGAGCAUGCCACUGAUGACGCACUGCCAAUGGCUCCGCCUUCGGUCGGCGUUAAGCCACCACGACAGGGUAGCGGUGUGAAAGGCCUGCGCGACAAGGAGAAGGCCGCCGCCAAAACGGCCCCAGGCGGGUCCGCGAAAGCUGGCCAGGGCCCGAAGACAGGGGUUGCGGAGGCGUCAGCGGUUCCUCACCAGUCUCCCGCGGGUGCACGCCAUCCGACCGGACCGUCUGCCGGGCGACCUACCGACGUCCCGCGCCAUGCCGACGUACCGCCUGCCGACAAGGUUGGCCGCGCGGGAAAAGGGGCGGCAGUUGCGGACGCGCUCAAGGAGCAGCUCAGGCUCCUAGCCGGCCACAGGGCUGUUCAACAGGCCCCCCCUGCUGUCGACGUCCCAUCGGCCAGUGGGCCACGUGUAGUGCCGGUCGUCGCCGCCCGUACUCCUGCAGACCCAAAGUCCGCGUUGUUGCGCGCCCAGCUGGGCGCACUAGCGUCGACUGAGAGGACUCAGCAGGCUUCUGGCUCUGGCUCUAAGCCGUCGUCGGCGAAUGUCGCACCACCCACCCAUGUGGCAGCUGAUGUGGAGAAGGCGGCGGAGAAGGGCGUUCGUGCCGCGCUUGCCACCGGCGGCGGCGCCGUUGAGGAGGUCCCCGCAGACGCUGAUAUCGCUGCCAUACAGGCCCAUCUGGAUGCAGCCAAUCCCCGAACCCUGGCCAUCUCCGACACGGAACAUGUGGAGCCUUCGGCGGGACUCGUCGGCAUCGCGGCAGAGCCUAGUGCGACCGGUGAUGCGGUCGGUGAGGGAAAGUCGAAACGGAAGGGGAAGGCGGGCUCACAGAGGAAGACGCGGGAGAAGUCGGAGGUGAAGGCGGCGGAUAAACAGAAGGGGAUGGCGGCGGAGACGGCGGCGGACAAAGAUCGAGGCGGCAUUGGGGAGGUUGAAGGGAAAGGGGAGAAUCAGAAGUCGCCCGGCGAGGGUACGUCGACCGGGAGGAAGGGGAAGGACAAGUCGGUCGGAGAAGGUGCGUCGACCGGGAGAAAGGGGAAGGAGAAGGCGGUCGGCGAGGGUUCCUCGAAGGGGAGAAAGGGAAAGAGGAAGGCGGAGGAGGAGGAUGAGGAUGUCGAGGAGGUGGAGGAGGUCGAGCAGGAGGAAGAGGAGGAGGAGGAGGAGGAGGAGGAGGAGGAGGAGGAGGGGAAGGGCAAGGAGAGGAGGGGUCAUGGCAUCCGACACGAUACCUCGGGCGACAAGCAAGGGUGGGUCGGCGAGAUUAAGGUGCACGGCAUCAAUCGAUACAUCGGCAAGUCGCGGGACAAGAUGGAGCUCGCGUACGUUCACUCCAUCGCGUACGUCGUCUACGACGGUUUCGUGAGCAAGGUGCUCAUGACCGAGCUCACCGGCUUGGACAGCGCCGAAUUGGAGAGGUGGAAGGAGGUGUGGGAGGAGGUCAGGAUCUUGCCGACAGGGAUGUGGACGGUGAUGUGGGCCCGGGGUACGCUCCUUCCAAAGACACGGCUGACGGAGAUCCUCGACGCGUAUCGCCAUUACAAGUCCACAGGCGAUUGUCUCCACGCCGCGCUCCUGCCAGCGAUAUGGUACCCAGUCGAUGCUAGCACCGAGGAAGGCCGGGAGAAGUCGGCGUCCAUGAUGUCGGCGAUGAUAGGCCGCGUGUCAAUGUGCGCUGCAUAUGGGAAGACCGCUGCGGCAGCGGCGAAGAAGGAGGGAGACAAGGGGGAGAAGACGGAUAUGGCGGCAUGGGCGUUAGCAGCAUCCGCAUGCGCUGUGUGGUGCUUCGUCGAGAACGGCGAUGCCCAGCUGGCGGAUGCUGUGGAAGAAGGGAAGUCGGCGGCGAUCAUCGGCGGAGCGAGCCAGGCGACCGCCGAUGUAUUCGGAAAAGUCAUGGAGGCGGUGCUGAAAGCCGAGAUGAACAGGGACCGCCCCUUGGGAGAGGUUGCCUACAACGUCGCGCCAGCACUCCAGAGGACCGCCCUUGAUACGGUAUAUCCGGGGGGGAAUGCUGGAGUAGAUGCCGACGUUAUCGCUAGAGCGACGGUUGAGACGAUGGCGUUUUGGGGAAUGUGCCCCGUCGCCGGGCCGAAACUAAGAGCGAGGGACAUCGCGGUGCCGAUUGACGCGCAGAUGAAGGCCGAUCUUGACAACAGGGGGAGGAAGGGUCUGAGGGCCAAGAAGGGGACGAAGACCAAGGGCGGCACGGAGAAGGUCAAGAAGUCGAAGAAGGACAGCACGACGGCCUAG